UUAAUGCUGGCUCUCUGUACCUUUUUGCUAUCUUCAUUUGAGCCCCGGCAUCCGCUUUUGCACGGCUUCUUGUGAUAUCCCCGUACAUAAAGUGAGGCAUACGUCAAAUCGGAUUACCUUUCGGACCUUCUAGCCAAUGACAGAAAUGGACACUGGGGAAGAGGCUAGCAAUACAAUCUUUGAUGAAGAGGCCUGCCGAGAUUUCCUUACGCUCGAGUUAGGCUGCGAGAUACCCCGCUACUAUCGAUAUGCUGAGGGUAUCCAUGAAGUGCAAAAACGCCUUAUUCUCUGCUAUGGGGACAAUUAUAUCGCCGAGGCAAUGGGUGUCUUCUACGACCUCUUGGAGGGGGAGGAUAAUGCAUCUGGGCUUGGGGAUGACGGGGAUUUCUGGCGCACGUGGAGACAUGACUUCAAGCUUCGCAGAGAGGACUUUUCCAACCCUGGAACUCCAAAAUUCUCCAAAAUGAUUCUCCCAGCAACAGUGGAACCAAAACGACGAACUUCGUUGAGUCGAGCCCCAGGAAACUAUGAGCGAGGCCAAAAGCGCGUCUCUUUUCUCACUCCUAAAGCAACCACACAGUUGAUUGCGGAUUCGAAUAAUUCGACUUCAAAAAUCGCAACCGCAAACACUGACCACAGCACUGCAGGAUCUGCAAAUCCGGUCUUCAUGGCCUUUCCCAGCACAUUCCUAAGAAUUUUUCAAAAGGACCGAAAGCAAAAGGGACAGCUGGGCACAAUUCAUAGCGACGACAUCAACCGCGGCAGACGGCUGCGUGGGAUGUCUGCUCCUGAGCGGGUGUAUUCCUCACAUGCAGCGGGAGAGUCAGCAAGGCACGACGGCCGUGAGCAUGUAGCUUGUGGAAGUUCCAGAAAGUCGGACGAUCCGCCUCCUCCUUAUCCCGCAAUAAACUCCUUUGAUGGUGCUGGAGAUCAUUGGGAUGAGUCGAUGCGAGCAAGGGGUGGCCCCGUAGGGAGAUCUGACAGCUUCGACAAAGAAAAGUCUUCAGCUAGCCAGCGGUUGAGCAGCUCAGAGCUCCACAACUCAAGCUCGACAUAUGUGUCGUCCUCGUAUCUUUCAAGCCGGUCAAGCAAGCAGGAUUCUCAAUCAGCCGCUAGAAACCUCCUCGGCACAAAUACGGAGGGCCAAGAUUCGGUGAGUGCACGGGGUCUCAGCCCCCUAGAUCCCGAAAAGUACAGUCCAGCUCCUUACGCAGGAAGAAUGCCUGACAUACAAAGCUUAAAUAUUCAGUAUAUGAGUCCCCCAAGGACCGGACCAUUCGACGUGAGGAGCGGCGAGAGAUGGCGAAUGAUCCCCGAAGAAAAUCCGUCAUGGGCAGCGCCCGAUCAUUGGGUUGAUGCAAAAGAAGAUAUUCAGCGGUCAUAUCAUGCAACAAAAGGCAUGAUUAAGUCACGAUCCGAUGGCGCCAUGAUUUCUCCAUAUCCACCAAUGCAAGCUGUGCCUAAUCAAGGCCACCAGCAAAGAACUCGCACAGACGGCUUCUCGGAGGAAGAAUUACGAGGCCGCCCUGCACAAAGAUCGUCGAGCAGGAAAGUAGCGCAAUUGCUAGGAGACAUUGAUGAAAUUCCGCACCUAGAAAGGAAACGAUCUCGUUCCCCAAUCAAAAAGAUAUUUGGUGAAAACGGCUGGUUAGGGCGCAGCAAAAGCAUGAAGGAUUUUGCGCAUGAAAAAGACGGGAGAAAAAGCUUGAAGCAGCUGAGUGGAAAGAUCAAGCAACGCGUGGACGAGAUUGCCGAGGAAAUGAUCCAUUUAAUACCAAAUCCAUUUCAUCCUGAUGGUUCCUCCAAACGAGAAUACGUCAGCAAAUUCCCAGUAUCUCUCGACCCUCCCACACAAGCCAAGCUCUAUAGCGAGAUAGAGCUCAUGAUCUGCGCGACGGCUAAUACGUAUCUGAUAAAACAAAAUCAGGAAUGUCGCAUGUCCGUUGAGUCGUUACGGAGGGUCAUUGAAUAUUGGAGGUCGAAAGGAAGACCCCAAGUCAUUGAAUUCCAAUUUGAUCAAGCUACCCAGCGGGACCUGAUUCUGUACAAUAUCAAAACUUUCCGCUUCUUUGGCGAAAGGGCAGAGAAUCCUGUGGCUCUCAAUGCCAUGAUGCAUACAUGGAAAACUGUGGCGAAGGAAAUGGCCGUUCGCACAUUUUGCAAUCCGGACAGCGUUGUCAGGAAGCACCUGCACGAUAUUCAUCUCACCUUGGAGUUUCUAGGAGCACCUGCAGUCACAUUUCUUGCAUUUCAAGACAUGCAGCUAGAAGCUCUAAGGGCCAUGAAUGAAGCGCAGAAAGCACGCGAAAACAACAGAUUUCAGCAAGGCGUCGAGAAGGUAUGGAUUCCACCAGUUGAGUUAUUCAGCCGACCUGAAAAUCCUGAACUGCGACCCGGUCACGGGCGGUGAAUGCGGUCAUAUUAUUUACUGUUCCAAAUAAAGUCUUCGAGCCACGAUUUCCUUUCAGCUUUGCUUCAGCGCAGUCCAUUUCGAUGG